CUGAAACAAUUCCGUAACCCAUAGAAAAUUUUAAUUACUUCCGUGUUAGCAGGAUUUGCCGAUCAAUUAAAAUCGAGAUGGAAGUAUCCGGAAAGAGACGUGACCCUGACCUUGACAAGGGCUCCGCAGACGCUACUGUAUACUGUCAGCCAUGUGAAGAGGAAGGCAAAUGCGCUGUAGCCCAGAGAUUCUGUCAGACCUGCGAGGAGUACAUGUGUGAUCCAUGCAGCAAGGCCCAUAAGAGAUUUAAGGUGACCAGGAACCACAUCAUGUUGUCUAAAGAUAAGAUGCCGUCUUUCUACCCGUCCACCAAGCAGUCUGACAUCGGCGUAACUGAAUACUGUAGAACACAUCCGAAGGAGGUGAUAAAGUUUUAUUGUCCGACCCACAGCGACCUUGGUUGUGGUGACUGUAUAGUCAUUGGUCAUCGCACGUGCAAAGUCGACUACAUUGAUGAUGUGUCUAAAGAUUUCACCAAUGGAAGGGAAUUCAGGGAGCUGGAACCAUCUAUUAAGCGAGCAGAAGAUCUUCUAUCUGGGUGCAUAAGUAAUGUAAAGGAGCUUUUUGAAAAGGUCGAACACCAGUCUAAAGAUGAGAUCGACAGACUGAGAAAGUUCCGGGCAGAAAUUAAUACCUACCUGGACCGACGCGAGAAAGAGUUGCUCGGCAACAUCCAGAAAAUGAAGACCGAUGAUGAAAGCGUGCUGACUGAACUGAAGACUGAUUGUGAGUUGGCGAAAAGCGGACUUGUGGCCACUAGGACAGAACUGACUUCCGGGGACGUCUCGGAUAACCAGCGGUACGUGACGGCAAGGAGAGCCCAGAAGGAGCUACAAGAGAUUCAUGACAAGAUGGAGAAGAUGGCUGGUAGGAUGAAGUCCCGGAAGUAUCGAUUUGUUAAAGACCCGGACACGGAAGGGCUGCUGGGAUCGAAAAUUGGCCUUGGGUCACUGGACGUGGCGGAGGGGUUUGUUCCAGUUCCUGACCUCUCCACUGUGACAUGGAAGAAGGAUGCGGAUAUCAACGUUAGAAUGACUCGGGACAAGGAAACCUGCUGGAUAAUUAGCUCAGCCCUGAUCUCGCCUGGUCUCCUCCUUCUCGCUGACUUAAAGAAUUACUGUGUCAAACUGGUGGACCUUAGCAACCGCACCGUCACAUCCCGCCUCCAGUUGCCAGGCCAGCCAUUGGACGUGUGUGUGCUCGCUGAUGACCAGGCCGCCGUCACUAUCUUUAAAAAGUCCAUGAUUCAGCUGUUGUCAACAAAAGGAGGACAGUUGUCGCGUGGAAAGGAAAUUAAAGUAUCACCUGAGUGUCGUGGUAUUACGUCUUAUAACAACAGAUUAUACGUUUUGUACGCAUCAAACCCGCGUAUUGAAGUGAUGACAUUGGAUGGUCAUAUAUUAAGUACAUUCCAAACAGAUGAUGGAAGACAACUUUUCAAAGAACCAUAUUACCCGACUGUGUCAGCUUCAACACCACCGACCCUGUACGUGUCUGACGUCGGUACCAACACCGUUCUCCAGCUGUCUCUGGACGGGAAGGUCAUGCGAGAGUACCGAGACAAGCAGCUCAUCCGCCCCGAGUCCGUGGUGGAGGUAGGGCCUGGUCAGAUUAUCGUGUGUGGGCGGGACAGCCACAACGUGUUGCUGCUGACGGAGAGGGACGGCAAGAUGACGGAAAUACUGGGACAGAAAGACGGUUUGACCCAACCCUUCUCCGUUACCUUCUGUCCUCACACACGUGCCAUAGUUGUCGGGAUGCGCGAUAAUAACUCCCUGAAGGUCUUUAAUGCAAAAUGACUGCUUUUUUCAUCAGCCUGAUUUGGAUUUUCUCUGACAUGAAUUACCAUGUAUUCAAUAAUGCUUGAGCAAGUGAAAAGUUAAUACAAGCAUAUUUAUUUUAAAACAGAGGCUUAUUUAUUCGUUGUGAGCGAGUUUUAUCAAACUGAACAUUGCUAUAUAUUUGAAACAAAUAUGGGAAGAAUGGUAGAAUGUUGUACAUGUAUCUGUCUUCGAAGUUGUGUAAAUAGCCAAAAAGUCAUUGAUGCUUAAUGACAUAUACAUGUACCUAAUAAAUACUAUUAGUAUUUUGAAGUUUUAUUUUGCAAAAAACUAGGAUAACGAAUUAGUGUAAAUAUUGUAAUACAAAAAUGUACUAUAAAACACUUAUUCAAUCAUUUUGUUGUUUUUUAUGUUCUUAAUAUAGAUCUUUGAUUUUACAAAAUGAUCAUUACCUUUAUAAAUCUAAAACUACUCUAAACAAAAGUCUUGAUGUAGAUGUAUAUUUCUCAUGGUUUUGCAGUAAAAAUUAUAUGUUUGACUUACUGUAAAACCAAGCUUUUGGAUGAAUUUUCUUAUUCAAAUGAUAUAGAUUCAACUAGAUAUCAGAAUGGUUUUAAAUUUGUUAAACCUGACAUAGCUAAAAAAAUUACUACAUUUUACGUUAAUGCAAAUAAUUUUGAAGUUACUAUGAAGAAUGUUUAACAUGGAAAUGUUCAAGUGUAGUAUUCCAGUCUCCAUUGGAAUAGUUAAAAUGAAGAAUCUUCUAUUUCUUAACAAUUGACAAAGAUGUAUUUACACUUGCAGAUUAUCGUUCUUUGGACGUUUGCCUACUAAAUAUGUUAUUGUAUUGUUAUUGACAAUGUAUGUAAUCUGUCUUAAUUUAGAUAUUGAAUGAAAAUAGCUUAAUUUCCCUGAUGAUUUAUUUAAUUUUGAAAUGUUUAUUAAUAUUUCUUGAAGUGUCCUUUGAGGAAUCCUGCAAACAUAUAACGCAAACGCCAGAAAUUCAGAAAAGUCUUGUGAACACACAAUAUUUCAUUCAAUGUUGCUAAAUAGUGUCAAACUAUGCAUGCAAUCAAAUUUGCAUUUUCCUUGAGACUCGGGCAAAUUUUCGAUGAAAUAAACCACAUUUAAAGUAGAUCUAAGUCAUGAUAAGAAAGUUAUUUCACAGGAAACUGACAUCUACCCCACCACAAAAAGCCAUAUUUCUAGGGGGAGAGGGGAUUCUUUCCAGGGAAGGAGGGGGGAGGGGUUAGAAGGUGGGUGUCAACACUAUAACAAAUACAAGUGU